UUUCAAUCCGAGGGCUGGGGCUGCACCUGGAUUUUGAUUAGCCAAGUAGGCCCUAGGAAUAUGUGGCCCAACGCUCAAAACCAACAACUCAUAAACCAAUAUUUGAAGUCUCGUGCAGCUUAUGCCCCAUAUAGAGAGCGAAAAGGUAAGGACGUACGGCAAGGCCUAAAGGAAUUUGGAAACAUAGAUGUGCGGACUCCACGUCUCUACUGCGGUUGAGUCAUCUUCAAGCACAGCAGCGAACAAUAAGUGGUGUAAUGGUGGCAACAUUUAGCGAUCACACCAUUGCCCCGUCAAUGCAACCAAUUAUCCUGUCCAUGGCAGUGGACGAUGAAGAUGCUUUUGAAAGUGAAUACCGGCUGCGAAUUGGAAAUAGUGUCAAAUAUCUCGUCGUCUCCCCCGGGACCUUUGACAGAGAUACACUUUCAUUUCCUCUUCAAUCCCUGCCCCCUCUUCCUUACGAUGAAAAUUGGACAGUGGCCAAAAUCUCGCGGGAUAAACCAACGGCCAAUUGAAAACCUCGCUCUUCAGCCGAACACUCGCCGGCGUCAAGUCUCAAUGGUAUCAUAUCAAGAUUGAUUGUCUAGAGUUGCAGAGGACCAAACACAUAGCGCUAAAUUUGCAAUGAUAGAUUAUACCCAAGCUGCGAUAUCCUUCAUACCGAUCGUAGUAUUAUUGAAUUGAACCUUUGGCACCUCUGCUGAACCAUCCUGUAUCAUACAUCUUUGGCAGUUCGUUUGAAUAAAUCACCGGAAG